UCAGCUUAUGCAGAAAAACCAUGGCUAGUUUUACUUUGCUUAAUUAGUCUUAGUUAGCUUAGUGUCUCUCGAGAUGCAACGUUCACGUCGAGUUCAAAAAUCCCUGUGAUGGCUUCAGCUGUAGGAACAGCUGCUUCAGCUGUAGGAACAGCUGCUUCAGCUGUAGGAACAGCUGCUUCAGCUGUAGGAGCAGCUGCUUCUGCUGCAGCGAUAUAUCGUGCCGUGCAGAAGGACGAAGCGUUCCUGCAGCAACUGCACGCAGCUGUUGCAGAUGUUGUGCAGCGUCUUAAAGGCGGGGCGUUCUACCUACAGCACGACGCUGUGGUGACGCUCCUGACGCAGCUGACGUACGGCGCCCUGACGACGCUGUCGCUCAGGCAGACGUUGGGGGAGGAGUACACGGGGCUACUCCUGCUACAUUCCUCCCGCGCAUCCCUCCCAUCCACAUGGCGCCUGCACGCGGUGGUGUGGCUGCAGGCUCUAGGGGCGCCCCUGGGGCGCCUGCUGCUGCGCCUACUGCAGCAGUCGCUGUCCCAGGGCCUCCUGCACUCGCUCCUGCACCCACAGCUGUGCCAGACACUGCUGCUGUGCUCUAGUGCACUGCACCGCCUCGCUGCACCACUGCACCGUCUGCACCUUGCACUCUUCUUCAUGCGGGGUGUGCACUACCACAUCGCUAAGCGUGUCGCCGGCGUGCGAUAUGUCUCGAUACGAAGCUGGCUUAACGACCACAGCACCGACAGUUCACUGCGCUUCUUAGGUCGCCUGAUGCUCCUGCAGCUGCUGCUACAGGCGGUGCCUUCCUUGUGCGCCGCCUGCAGCAGCAGCGAGCGUCCUGACGAGGGCAGGGACGAGGGUGUAGAGGUGCAGGACGCAGAGGUGUGCAGACUGUGUCUGUGCAGACGCACUAACGCCGCCCUCUGCCCCUGCGGGCACGUCUUCUGCUGGCGCUGCAUCCACGGCGCCCUCGCCGCCAACCAAGCCCGCUGCCCUCUCUGCAGAUAUGCAGUGCAGCCGCGCGAUGUCAUUCCUCUGAAGAACUUCCAGUGAUUCAUUCCUCACGAGAGCGGCGAGAGGCAUGAUCCAGGCUGUUGUUGUCAUUCCUCAAAAUUAAUAUUUUUCGAGGCAGAUCAGCGACUACAUUGUGCACAUGAGAUCCGUCCUCGCACCCGUCAAUGCAUUGGUAGUAUACCUAACAUUGUUCAAAUCAUGUCUCAUAUUGAAGUAUAUAUGGUAGAACGUAAGUACCAGGUCUCUAGAUAUUUGAAGAUACCACGUGGUAAAUAGCUCUACGAUACCAAAUAUUCAUGUUUUAAACCUCAUCAUGUUGAGGUAUUUUGAUACCGCACGGGUCCGAAUACCAUUGUAACUCGGUACUAAUACUUUUUAUUAAUUAAUAAGAAUGAUAAUGCUUAUAAUUUUUCGAUUAUAACGAAUGAAAAGCUGAAGGAUGCACACCGCGGAUAGCUGUUGUUCAGGUUGGCUAUGCUGGACUUUUUAUUUAAAUUCUUACGUUUAGUAUAGCUUUUUAAGAUUUUUAUCAGAAACAAUUGCGUACUUCAUCGUAAUAAAUGUUUGUUUUUACUUUACAACACGUAAAGUGUACGAAAAGAAAGGAGGUUUCCCACGCGGUCCCGCCUUUAGGCGGGCAAAGAAAUUCGUGUCCAGGGCUGGAAUGCUUAAAAAAAUCUCAUCAAAUCGCAUUAUGUUAUAAAUGUAUAUAAGAACGUAUUGGGCGUUAUUGUGUGUAUUGGGACUUGACUUGUUAAGCGUUCGAUAAGAACGGGUUUAGCCUUAAGUGCAAUUAUUGGUGUAAGUUAUUCGUUGUUUUCUCGGUUACUAUUCUGGUCAGGGUUGGUGGACGCGUGUUCUUAGUGCGGCAGUGCACGUCACGUCAAUAAUUUACGUUAAUUUACGGGGCAUGAAACGUGCGCUUCUGAUGCUGGAGAGAAUGUCGUUUGUUGCGUGUGCCGUCGACGCUGCCACUUGCAAUACAAAUAAUAAUACUAAUAAUAAU